GUCUUCCUCCUUGGCCCUCUGUGUCCAGCACCUCAGAAACUGGCAGCGUUGGGGCCCCGAGUGCUCCCCAUCCCCAGCCCUCCCCGGGCCUGGGGCCGAGCCCCUAGCCCUCCGGAGCUGUCCAGUUCCACCCUCCCAUUGGAAGGGACACUCCUUGGCCCCGGCAGCUUCCUCGCUCUCAGAGGCUCUCUUGGGUUCCAGCCUUGGGCUUGGACACCAGGCAGAAGUGCUCCAGCAUGCAGGACACGGUGUGCGGCUGUCGCCAAGGCUAUUUCUGCGAGGCCGAGGACAGGGACCACUGUAUCAUGUGCUUGCCCCACACCAUCUGCCACCCUGGCCAGAGGGUACAGAGGAGAGGUACAGAUAGCCAGGACACAGUGUGUGCCAACUGCUCACUGGGGACCUUCUCGCCCAACGGGACCCUGGAGCAAUGCCUUCCCUGGACCACGUGCCGCGGACCUUUUGCCGUGGAAGCCGAGCGGGGGACCAGCAGCAGGGACGUCUCCUGCUCCCUGUCCCGGUGGUUCUAUGUCUUUGUGUCCGUCCUCCCCCUCUCCGUGGUGAUCGUCCUGAUGAUGUGGGUGAGGAGGAAAAGGCUAUCUGGCUCUGAGCCCAGCGAGAUGGCUGUGCUGCAGCCGCAAGUAGCGGAGGAAGCCGGUGAGUCUGCAGUCACCCAGGCUCCAAAAGUCACCACGGUGGCGGAGGAGGAGACAGCACCGGUGUUGAGGGCAGUGGGCCCCCAUCGAUGAGCCACAGGGUUGGGAACCGGGUGAUUCAACCUACCGGGAGCAGACGCAUACCUGGCAGGAGUGCGGCACCUGCCCUAGGCUAGCUCCAGCUGCAGGAGCAGGAGAGACAGGGCUCUGGCUCAGGGAGAUGUCACAGCGGUCCCCAUCGGUCAAAGGGGGUCCAGAGCCCCCCCAGCAGCCCUGGUGCAGCGUCCUGCAGAGGCCCAGCACCAUGAGGACACAGCGAGGCUGCCUCUGGCUCCAGCCCUCCCGAACCUCAGGCUGCUCAUUUGGAGGGUGUGUCUGUGGACGCUACCUCACGGGGCUGGGACUGCCAGGAGUGUGGCAUUAAGUGACUAUUCCAAUUUGGGGUGAUUUUGUAAGUGGUUUCUGUCCUCUCACUUUUGUCAUAAAGUACAUAUUCUGGUUAGAUGCCCA